AUGCAGACCUUCUCCCUCAAAUCCCUCUUCGCCCUCCUGGCCGCCCUUGUCGUCACCCUCCUCGCGGUCACCGCUCAGGGAGCCGAUGCCGCCAAGGGACCCGUCAUCACCAACAAGGUUUUUUUCGACAUCGAGCAAGGUGGUCGACCUUUGGGUAGGGUCACAUUCGGUCUCUACGGAAAGACCGUUCCCAAGACCGUAGAGAACUUCCGAGCUCUCUGUACUCAGCAGCUCGCUGAUGGCACCCCCAUCGACUAUGGCUACAAGGGAUCCAAGUUCCACCGAGUCAUCGCCAACUUUAUGCUUCAGGGUGGAGACUUUACUCGAGGCGACGGGACUGGCGGCAAAAGCAUUUACGGUGCCAAGUUUGCCGACGAGAACUUCAAGAUCAAGCACAAGAUUGGAUCGUUGAGCAUGGCCAACAGUGGCAGGGAUACCAACGGCUCUCAAUUCUUCAUCACCACCGUCGUCACUUCAUGGUUGAACGGCAAGCACGUCGUUUUCGGUGAGGCCCUCGAGGGUAUGGACAUUGUCAAGACGAUCGAGAACGCCCCCAAGGGCCGUGGCGACAAGCCUCUCGAGGACGUCAUUAUUGUCAACGCUGGAGAGCUCCCCAUCGAGAAAGAGGUCGACGCCGAGGGCAACGAGGUACCUCUCCGGGUCGAGCUCUAG